GGUUGCCUAACCUAUACGAGGAAGCUGAUUGGAUCUUUCCUUCCAUUUAGACCCUCUUUCUCCUCUCCAGGCGCUUUUUAGAAACAAUCUGCCCUCUUUUGGAAGAGAAUCGCAGCGUUAGUGAUGAGCGCUGGCAGGUUACUCAGAGCUGAGGCUUUAUCCUGGAUGUCGGAUGAGGAUAACGUGACUGGGAGCCAGUCCCAGGGUCUGGUUCUGCAGCCUUUCUGGGACUACCUCCACCAGAACCACCACGACCUCCUGAGGAGCCCUCCCUUCCCUGUGGUCCUCUCCGUCACCACCUACUUCACCCUGGUUGGUCUUUACACCGUGCUGGACCUGCUGGCCCCCACUUGGCCCUGCAUUAACCGCUACAGGCUCCACCCUGACAGACCCGUCACCUGGCCUAACAUCUGGACUACCCUGGGACUCACCAUCUACAACCAUGUGCUUUACAUCUUCCCUGCUACAGUCGCCCAGUGGCUGUGGAGGCCGCCCACCCCGCUGCCCCGCGAGGCGCCCACCUUCCUGAGCUUCAUCCUGGGCAUCCUGGGCUGCAUGGUGCUCUUCGACUUCCAGUACUACCUGUGGCACCUGCUGCACCACCAGGUACCGUGGCUGUACCGCACGUUCCACGCCGUGCACCACCAGUACAACCAGACCUUCAGCCUCGUCACCCAGUAUCUGUCUGGCUGGGAGUUAUUCAGCCUGGGAUUUUGGGCUACGAUAGACCCCAUCCUGCUCCAGUGCCACUGCCUGACAGCGUGGGGCUUCAUGGUCUUCAACGUCUAUGUGUCCAUUGAGCAGCACUGCGGCUAUGACUUCCCGUGGGCCCUGCACAACCUGGUGCCCUUUGGCCUCUGGGGAGGUGCACCCAAGCACGACGCUCACCACCAGCGGCCCGGCACAAACUUCGCCCCAUUCUUCUCCCACUGGGACUGGCUGGGGGGCACCCACAUCGUGCCAACUCCCUCCAGCCGCCGCAGCGGGUGAGCCAGACAAGACAAAAUGUAG